GACGCUUUCGUAGCGGCGAAGAAGUUCGGCGUUCGGGACAUAUGGAUCGACUCGCUCUGCAUCAUACAAGACAGCACGGACGACUGGCAGAGGGAAGCUGGUCUGAUGCAGCAGGUCAAUUCAAACGCCAGGUUCAACAUUUCCGUGACCGGCGCCGAGAAUGGUAACGCGUGA